GGUUUUCUUGAAAGGAAAAAGGGAGACUUCGGAUGAUCGGAGAUCCCAAAUCGUAGAAGAACUUCACGGAGCAUUGGAGUCGAGUCGAGCACACCAGAUUCCCGCUGUUUGGCAUUGGAUUCUCGAGCCUGAAUUCGGGACUCUCAGGCCGCCAUCACCGUUGCUUCAUUGCUCCCCAUUCUCUGCAAUAAUCUUUGGUUUGUGUAAUUCACGCAUUACCUUCUCUUUUCGUUCCGAUUAGCCUAAAAAUUCGAAGGAAGCAUCCAAUGGCGACGAGGUAUUGGGUGGUCUCUCUCACCGUCCCGAACUCCGCUGCACCUGUCUGGAGUCGACUCCAGGAAUCCAUCUCCAAAAACGCCUUCGACACUCCACUCUACAGGUUCAAUAUCCCGAAUCUUCGUGUCGGAACGUUGGAUUCUCUUCUGGCUAUCAGCGAUGACCUUUUCAAGUCGAAUGCGUUCAUUGAAGGAGUGUCUCACAAGAUACGGCGUCAGAUCGAGGAGUUGGAGAGGGUUUCUGGCGUGGUCAGUAGUUCGUUGACGGUUGAUGGCGUCCCCGUUGAUUCUUACCUGACUAGGUUUGUGUGGGAUGAGGCAAAGUACCCAACCAUGUCUCCCUUGAAGGAGAUCGUUGAUGGAAUUCAUGUUCAAGUUGCGAAGAUUGAAGAUGAUCUUAAGGUUCGUGUUUCUGAGUAUAACAAUGUUCGCAGUCAACUUAAUGCCAUAAACAGAAAGCAGAGUGGGAGCUUGGCAGUCCGUGAUCUUUCCAAUUUAGUGAAGCCAGAAGAUAUCAUCACAUCAGAACAUUUGACAACCCUUCUUGCUAUCAUUCCUAAAUAUUCACAGAAGGAUUGGUUGUCAAGCUAUGAGACACUAACCUCCUAUGUGGUUCCCAGAUCUUCCAAAAAACUAUAUGAGGACAAUGAAUACGCUCUUUAUACUGUAACAAUGUUCAGUCGUGAUGCCGACAACUUUAGGACGAAAGCACGUGAAAGAGGUUUUCAAAUUCGUGAUUUUGAAUAUAAUUCAGAAACACAAGAGAGUCGGAAGCAGGAGCUAGAAAAGCUGAUGCAAGAUCAAGAUACACUUAGAAGCUCUCUUCUACAGUGGUGCUAUGCCAGUUACGGGGAGGUUUUCAGUUCGUGGAUGCACUUCUGUGCUGUACGCGUGUUUGCAGAGAGCAUUCUGAGAUAUGGCCUGCCACCAUCUUUCUUGUCGGUUGUAUUGGCACCUUCUCUGAAAAGUGAGAAGAAAGUACGUUCUAUCAUUGAGGAACUAUGUGGCAGUGCCAACAGCGCGUACUGGAAAGCCGAGGACGAAGGAGGGGCAGGCGGUUUUGGAGGCGAGGGCGAUGCAUAUCCUUAUGUCUCCUUCACCAUAAACCUCGUUUGAGGGAAGUAAAUCUGGUUGCACACUAUCACAAAUACUCGUUCGAUCACACUAAUCUGAAAUAAUAAGAACGAAUGUCGAGACUGUACACUAGGCGAGCUACCUAAUUCUUUUUCAUUUAAGAUUAAUGUAACUGGUUGAGGGACUCCUCUUUUCCAAGCUUAAUGUUCUCCCUUUUCUCUCCCCACCCAAAAUGAAGCCCUAUUUAUUUAUGGACGUCCAAUUUCCCUGUAAAAGCAUUAGGAGCUGGGUUUGGUAGAGAGUUUAUUUCAAGAUUGGAACACACUUGGAGCUUGGGGGAAUGAUUGUUUAUAUGGUUGUAUUAUAAACUGAGUCUUGUAUGAUCAUAUCACCAUUUCCUUUCUGUGA